AUGACGGCCCACCCCUCCGCCGAUGCGGAGACGCAAGAUGUAGGGGAGAAGGUUCCCACGUUGGUAGAUCGGGUCGCGGAUGAGAAAUCGCUCUCCAAGGAAAAGUUUCGAGGUGACACCCACAGCGUGGCCGUCGGAGAACUGGAUUCCUCUGGUGAUGGGGAGGAAUUUUUGCGCAUCCACAAUCUCCGGCGAGGCGAUUUAGAGGAGCUCCUCCAGGACGAGCAAGCACAGAAGCGGCUGGUCCGUCGGGUGGACUGGUUGCUGAUGCCGCUGCUUUGCGGCACCUAUCUGCUGCAGUACAUCGACAAGCAGGCGCUGUCCUACGGCGCCGUUUUCGAUCUCUUCGACAACACGGGCAUUAGUUCCGACCAGUAUUCCUGGCUAGCCAGUAUCUUCUAUUUCGCCUACCUCAGCUGCGAGUGGCCAGCCAACUACCUGGCCCAACGCUUCCCCACGGGCACCUUCAUCAGCAUCUGUGUCAUCUGCUGGGGCUCGAUCCUCUGCUGCACUGCCGCCUCGCACAGCUUCGCCGGACUUGGGGUCUGUCGGUUCCUCUUGGGCGCCUUCGAGGCCCCCAUCACACCGUGUUUCAUGCUGCUUGUCAGUACCUGGUACACGCGGUCCGAGCAGCCCGUCCGGGCGGGACUUUUCUACUGUUUCAACGGCUUUGGCAGCAUCGUCGGCGGUCUGUUGUUCUACGGCGUCGGUCAGGCCAAAGGAUGGGAUGUCUGGCGCAUCAUCUUCAUCCUCUGUGGCGGCAUCACCGUCUGCUGGGGAGUCGUUUUAUUCUUCUUCCUGCCCAACACCAUCGUCAGUGCCCAAUUCUACACGGUCGAGCAAAAGGCCCUGUUGGUUGCCCGGAGCUACGGCAAUCAAACGGGCAAGCAGACACGCAUGAUCAAAACGCCACAAGUCUGGGAGGCGCUGUCCGAUCCGCAAGUCUGGCUUCUCUUCUUCUUUGUCUUGUUGAACGAGUGCGUCAAUGGCGGACUGGCCAACUUCGGCAAGCUCAUCGUCAAGGGAUUCACGGGGGGUGACGCCCUCUUGACCACUGUCUAUGGUAUCCCGUACGGGGCCUGGCAGGCCGCAUUCAUCCUCAGCGGAUCGUGGCUGGCCACACGGUUCACCAAUAUCCGGACGUACGUCAUGAUCGCCUACGUCUGUCCGACGCUGGUCGCCGCGUGUUUGUUCUGGAAGCUGCCGCGCGACGGGAGCCAGGAAAACGGACUCUUGAUGGCGUACUAUAUUGCUCCCUCAUUUGUGUCCUCCCUCGUGCUAGCGCUCCAGCUGCCGGCGAUGAACGUCAGCGGCUACACCAAACGGGUCACUAGCACCUCGUUUGUCUUUCUAGCCUACUGCGCUGGAAACAUCAUCGGCCCGCAUGCCUUUCUCUCGACCGAGGCCCCUGUGUACCAGACCGGCUGUAAAGUUAUCAUCGCAUGCACGUGCGGUCAGGUAGUCAUCGCCGUCGCACUCCGAUCGCUGCUCGUUCGGCGGAAUAAAAAGCGAGAUGAGCAAGCUCGUCACGCAGGACCGGGGACCGUCAGUGGAAUGGGUACGGAUGGAUCCGUUUUGCAAGAUCUGACUGAUUUCGAGAACCGCAAGUUCCGAUACUGCUAUUGA